GAUUGCUGGAGAAACAGGUAGGCCAUAGGCCCCUGGACAUCUCAGCCCGUCGUUCCGCGGAUGAAUCGAAUGGCCAGGAGCAAAUCUGGGUCGACCGUCUUUUUCGGUUCGGUAUAAGACUCAUGGUAACCCCACGGGAGCAGGCGCCUUGCGCGUCUAGGCCUUCCCUCUCACCUUCUUUCAAGAUUCCUGUUCUGGUCUCUUAAGUCAUUCUUUUGUUCAAAACAAAGCCUUUGUGAUCCUUCAUUCUGUUCACUCCCUUUGCAGUUCGAAGACCCAUUUCUGUCGUUUCUUGACCGUGGUUUAUGUUUCUAGUUCCUGUCGUUUCAUUCUAGUUUAAACCCCGUCCUCUGUUUCUCUUAUCAAUCUUUAGCCCAUAAUGGCGCCUUCGCUUUUCUCCACGCUCUCUUCCGCCCUCCUCCUCACGUCAUCCGCGACCGCUAUCCAGACCUACCAACUCGCCGACAGCUACGACUCGACCAACUUUCUUGAGAAGUUUGGUUUCUUCACGAGCGAUCACUCUACCGGAAACUACAACGAUGUUGACCCCACCGGUGGAUAUGUCAGCUACAAGUCAGCAGCGGAUGCUCAGAGCCUGGGUCUCGUGAAGACCGAGGGUGGUGACCUUUACCUCGGUGUCGACUCCACAUCUAUUCUCGAUGCCGCUGGGAUCGGAAGAAGUAGUGUGAGAAUUGAGAGUACGGCCAAGUAUGGCCAGGGACUCUUCGUCAUCAACUUUUCUCAUCUUCCCAAGCCUGUCUGCGGUGCCUGGCCUGCGGUCUGGACCGUCGGCAACCCCUGGCCCGCCGCCGGCGAAAUCGACAUCGUCGAGACCUGGAACGAGGACAACGUGAACAAGGUUGUUCUCCACACCGAUGGCACCAUCGCCGAGUGCCGCAUCGACGGCACCAACAUGACCGGCACCAUCAGCAAGCCCAAUUGCGCAAACUACGCCGCAGGACAGUCCGACAACGAGGGUUGCGCCGGCCUCGAUGCAGCAGCCCCCUUUGGAUCCGCCGAGGGAGGAGUCUACGCCAUGCAAUGGACCGAUACCGCCAUUCGCGUUUGGGGCUUCACCCACGCCAAUGUUCCCGCUGACAUCGCGAGUGCCAACCCCAACCCCGACGCGUGGGGUACGCCCAGCUUCACCACCAGCACCUGCGCUGCCGAUAAGCUCUUCGAGGAGCAGAAACUCGUGGCCAACAUUGAUUUCUGCGGUGUGGCCGGCAACGAUGGUAUCUGGACCCAGACCUGCGAGGCGAAGACUGGCAUGACCUGCAAGGAGUAUGUUGCUGCCAACCCGACUGCCUUUGCCGAUGUCUUCUUCAAGAUCAGCUCCAUCAAGUACUACAACCUCAAGGACGGUAAUGCGACUGCCUCCGUUAUCUCCAGCCAGGUUGCUUCUUCCUCUGUUGCGCAGACCGCCGUCGUCAGCUCCGCUCUUUCCACCGCCGUGGCCUCCGAGAUGCCUCCUGUCACUACCCCCGUUGUCGGCGGCACCGCCGUGUCUGAGAAGCCUGUACCCGCCACUUCCGGUGCUUCGACCGCCCCUGGCGCCGGUGUCCCGACUGUCGGUGUCCCUGCCUCCAGCAGCACCGUCUCCACCGAGAAGCCCGUCCUCGAGACCCCCGGCGCAUCGGGAACCCCGACCGGCCCGCCCCCUAUCCCUACGACCUUGGUCGUUGCACCGUCAGUUGGGUUCAACGGCACACUUACUACCGCCGUGAUCCCCGUCGGAACCGGGUCUACCUCUCCCUGUGUCGGCGCCGCGUGCCCGGCGACCACCACUGGUCCCGUUCAGGCCAGUGCUGGUAAGCUUAGCUCCAGCGGCCUCGUUGCGGCUGCAGCGGCGUUGGCUGUUUUGGUCGUCUAA